AUGUCCACCAGGCUGCCGACGAAUUUCACCCUGCCGACGACGAUGAACCUCGGAAGCUCCGAACCGCCAUCAUUGAACAUGCCCACGAGAGGACUAGACCGCGAGAAUCUCAGCGCGCGCACCUGCCGCCACGCGCCUUGGAGGAUCGGCCAGAAGGAUUUGGUGAAUUUUGGUGGAUUUUGCUCCAAUGCUGCGUUAACUUCAGUUGUGACACUUCAGCUGCGACACUUAACUUCACCAGCACUGGAUGUUGUCGUGGUAGUUUGUGUUUUUCGGUGUAAAUGGUUGUUGCAUUUCGUUAUAGAUUGUCUGCUAAUUUAUGGAUUUCGGUGGUGGGAUGACAACAUUGCUUGUGUGUUUCUGGAUUUGGUUCGCUCACGGUCGGAAUCGCAGCACGGGUGUGUUAUGGACGUGUCCCCCGAUGGGACUAAGUUUUGGACGCCUUCGUGUGAUGCGGCGGUUAGGCCUUUUCAGGGGCAGACUUUUCCUUCUCUCGCUCACGGUAUUGAUUUUUAUCGUCAGCAGGGUGUUGCUGUGAAAGACUUGUUGGUUUGUUCGCGUGAGGGGUUCAAGCAGGCGGUGCAGGGCUCUGUUGUUGUGGAUGCUGCGUUGGAUCAAGCACCUGUGGCUCCGAAGCGCCGGCGUGUUUCAAAUAGGGUGGGGUGCAGAGCGAGGUUGGUGUUGAAGAUGGGUGACGAUGGGGUUUUUGUGGUUCAUUUUAUUGAGCUACGGCAUAAUCAUUGUUUGUGCUCGGAUGUGGCUAAGCCUUUCUUGCGGGGUAAUCGUUCCAUGGAUGUGCAACAUCAGAUUUUUGUGCUUAAGUGUGCUAGGGCCAACGUUGGGCCAAAUAGGUCGUUUCGUUUGGCUAGGGAGUUUGCUGGGUCGUAUUCAAAUGUUGGUGCGACAUGUGUCGAUUUUAAAAAUUUGAAGCGUGAUUUAAUGGCAUUUAUUGGAACGUCAGAUGCUCAUAUUGUUGUGAAAAAAUAUGCUAAGAAGGUAGAUGAUUGCCCGGAUUAUGUCUUUAGAUAUGAUGUUGAUUCUCAGGAUCAGUUAUGUAGGGCUUUUUGGACUGACCCUAUUGCGAAGGAAAAUUUUUCAGCUUUUGGAGAGGUGGUGUCGUUUGAUGCAACUUAUGGGACUAAUAGGUAUGGUAUGGUGUUGGUCCCGUUUACUGGUGUUGAUAAUCACAAGAGAUGUGUCACAUUUGCAAUGGGGUUGAUUUCCCGUGAAGAUGUGGACUCUUACGUGUGGCUUCUCCAGCAAUUUAAAAGUGCAAUGGGUUGUGUGCCUAGUUGCACUAUCACUGAUCAAGAUCCUUCGAUGCGGGUUGCAGUCCCUCAGGUGUUUGAUACUACGCGGCACAGGUUUUGUAUGUGGCAUAUUAUGUCAAAGGUUGGCGAGAAGGUUGGUAAUGUUCUAUCUAAAGAUGAAGAGUUUCGGCGCGCGUUGAAUGAUGUUGUUUGGUGUGAGACGUCGUCUGUGGAGGAGUUUGAGCGGGGUUGGCAGGACGUUAUGAAAAAGUAUAGCCUUGUUGACCACCGAUGGUUUCGUCUUAUGUAUGAUCUGAGAUCGUAUUGGAUCCCUGCGUAUUUUAAUGAUAUUUUCAUGGGGGCUAUUGAUGCUCAAUGUUUGGCGCAGACCAAACUAAAUGCCGAGUGUGAGGGUCAUUUUCCUUUGUGCCAGACUCCGAUGUUGAUUGAGAAGCAUGCGGCUGCGGUGUACACUAUUAAUGUUUUUUAUGAUGUGCAAGCCGAGGUUAUCGCGGGAUCUUUUUCGUGUCGUGCUGUGCGUUCAAAUGUUGAAGGGCUGGUAACCCGGUAUGAGGUUGAAGAUGAUGAUGGCCCGGUACGCACCGUGAGUUUUGACUCUGGUAAUGAUGGUGUUGAGUGUACGUGUAACAUGUUUUCACGGGUUGGGUUACUUUGUCGUCAUAUUUUCUGGGUUUUCAAGGAUCGUAGGGUUGUUUCUAUCCCUUCUCGGUAUGUGAUCGCACGUUGGACAAGGGGGGCUUGUGUGCGACAGGUGUUGGGUGUUCAACGUGGUGGCGAUUCGGAGGUAGAUGUCGCAAUUGGUGAAGCUUGGGCAGAAUUUUUUUCGUGCGUGACCAUGGCUUCACGGAGUGUUGAGCAUGUUACCAAGUUGAAUGCAGCCCUAAAAGAUUUCAAUGCUUUUUUAUUGGCUGAGAAUGGUCCUACCGUUCGUGCUUCUUCUUCUAAGAAGCAACUUUUUGAGUCGUUUUGCGGUGCUUCGCCAGAUGGUCAGGUUAAUGUUCGUCCUCCUCCAAUCUCUAAUAACAAGGGUGGUGGCAAACGUUACAAAAGUACAAGGGAAUUAGCUAUUGAAAAGUCGGGGCGUCGACAACGCCAAUGUCAAACUUGUGAAAAGUAUGGGCAUAAUAGUCGUACCUGCCCGAUGCGCAACGUUGACGUUUGA